UUUUAAUAACAUCUAGAAGGAAUACAAAACAAAACAUAGAAGCAAUGGGAAGAUCACCAUGUUGUGAUAAAAAUGGACUCAAAAAAGGUCCAUGGACUCCAGAAGAAGAUAAUAAACUCAUCCAAUAUAUUCAACUUCAUGGUCCUGGAAAUUGGCGAACACUCCCUAAGAAUGCUGGACUUCAAAGGUGUGGAAAGAGUUGUCGUCUUCGUUGGACUAAUUACUUGAGACCUGAUAUUAAAAGAGGACGAUUCUCAUUUGAUGAAGAAGAAAGUAUUAUCCAACUUCAUAGUGUUCUUGGCAACAAAUGGUCAGCUAUAGCGGCCCGUCUGCCAGGGAGAACAGACAACGAAAUCAAGAAUUACUGGAACACUCACAUUAGAAAAAGGCUUUUAAGGAAUGGUAUUGACCCAGUGACUCAUAGUCCUCGUCUUGAUUUAUUAGACUUAUCGUCCCUUCUAAAUUCGACUCAAUUCAACCUAUCGAGCUUACUUGGACUACAAGCACUUGUAAACCCUGAAGUCUUCAGGCUUGCAGCUACACUUUUGGCAUCACAAAAUGAAAGUACCCCAGAAUUGUUACUACAAAAAUAUCAAGAAAAUAAUCAAAUGUUCAACUCUCAACUACAAAACCAAGAAGGGUCUGAAUUGUUGUUACAAAAACUUCAACAAAAUCAAAUAUUGAAUUCCCAAUUGCAAAAUCAGACUCAAUUUUUUCAAUUCCAAAAUCAGAUUCAAGAAAUACCAAAUUUCACCACACAAAAUGUUCCUGGUUCAUCUUCAUUAUCACAGCCAAUGCAAUUAGGACACGUGGAGGAAUCCUAUUUGAUGAAUAGCCAAAUGCUACCUCCACAAAACUAUGGUUAUUGUAAUUCUGAUGCUUCUGAUAAUUCAAAUUUCCAAUCACUCAACAACAACAGCAGCAACCAGAAUUUCAGCUUAGAUUCAGUGUUAUCGACACCCACGGAAGACGAAAAAGAGAGCUAUUGCAGUAAUUUGAUGAAAUUCGAAAUCCCAGAGAGCUUAAAUUUCGAUGAUUUUAUGUAAAUAUCGAACGACAUUGUCCAAAAUGUAUGUUUCU